AAUAAUAGUCCAACUAUAAAUACACAGAUAGUCCAAUUAAAAAAGUAAAAUAAAUACAAAAGAAAUACUUAAAAAUAGGUUGGGAAACGGAUAAAGUCGGUCGCGUGGGUCGCACGAUCGAAUCGGCUCGAAUUAAGAAAACAAAAUGGUCCCUGUUCAAGCGUCGGCCAUGCUUUCGCUGAGAUUGAAAUAAAUUGGUAGAAUUGCUGGGUGGCUGCGUACCGCGAGAACGGGGAGCGAUACUGAUUACGUUGGCCGUUCGUUAAGCACUGUAACAAUGCCAGCCCCCACCAUAUCUCUUGUACUACCACUCCCCCCCUCAUUCUCCUUCCAGUCCAUUCCUCCACGCGCGUUCGCGCGACCGAUACCUACGCUAGCCAAUCGUCUAUCGUUUUACCCCACUACUACCAACCUUGUGCGGCUUUACCCUAUGCUUUUUACUCUUCUCUCUCUCUCUCUCUUUCUCUCUCUCUCUCUUUAUUUCUCUCUCUCUCUCUCUCUCUCUCUCUCUCUCUCUUACGAAAAGAAGAGGACAACGACCACAGACGGAAACCGAAUAACUAUACCUAUAGAGGAUAGCUUACGGCCAGACGAAUAUGCUAAAAGUUUAUACUGAAAUUUUAUUGAAACCAGUGAAAAAGAUAAUAUACACAUGUCUGUUGAUUUUAAUAACAACGAGUAGAUUUUCAAAGAAGGAACAUAUAGUGUUCCAAUGAAUAAAUAUUCAAACGUAAAGACAGAAAACUAUUACAAUGUAUGUACGGAAGCGUGUGCAUUUACGAAAGAAAAAAAGUGAAAAAAAAGAGAUCGAUUAAAAGACAUAAAAAGGAGACAUUAAAAAUAGAUAAAAUAGAACUAUAAUAAAAAUAAUAUAGAAAAGAUGUACGUUUAUAAAUCUAGUUCGUCUACGAAGUAGGAAUAUUUUUACUAACUGUUGAAAAAUAUCGAAUCAAGAAAAUAUUCUCGAGAAAUUUUUCUUGAUGAUGAAGGAAGACGAAGAAAAAAGACAUGUGUUGAAUUUUUAUCCGUUGUAAAAAAGGGGUUGGAGUGUGGAAUAAUUGUGGCCUUUGUCGAUAUUAAAUUUUGGACAGUGGUGGUUUGCUGUUCCAUGGCGGCCAACGCUAUGUUCUCUCUCUCUCUUUUUCUCUCUCUUUUUAUCUCACUCUCUUUCUCUCUCUAUCUCUCUCUUUAGCUAUAGGUCAUAGGGGCGUUUCGGGGGUGCGAGGUAGUCGUUUUCCCUCCUCAAAUCUCUCUCCUCUCUCACAACGGCCUCGCUUUUCCACUUAUCGACCCCCACGGUUAUUAGGGCUGCCUUUGCCUCUAGGGACAAUCGAAGGUAGGUACCCGACAAAUGGGCGGAGCUUGACGGAGGGUCAUACCCGUCGCAUUCCACCCUGACACCAGUUUCCUACUUUCUCGAAAGUCGCACCAAAGCGAAGAUGGCGAGAUUUCAAACGUUUCAAAAUUAAUUAGGGCUUUGCUACUUUAUCGUAUUAGAUAUCGUCAUCUAACAUUUCAUCGAAAAUCAACAGCGAUGUUGAAGAAUAUUAAUCGAUUUGUCUCUGUUCUAACAAUUUGAUCUUACAAUCGUAAAAUCAUUUGAUCGAUUAAAUCAUUCAUAUAUAUCCUAUAUGUACUUAUUUUCUCUCAUUUUCAUUGUUUAAUUUUAUGUCGUAGUACGACAAAAGCUCGAUGAAAUAGGAACGAGGGAAUUAAUAGUCGGAUGAAUAACUUUCCAGUAUACAUCUACCAUGCUCUGAUUACUCGACAACCCUUGCUCUCGUAUAUCAUAAAUUUCGUAUUGAAGAUUCAACAGUCGUCACAGUGAUGCGGAGUAGCGACUAUUUCAUGGAAACCAACGGCAAGAACCCGAACCAAUUCUAGCCGUCAUUCCAAGUCCAAAAGUAACUCGUCAUCCGAGGGAGCAAACAUUUCUACUUUUCGAUGUGCAAACCUUGCUCCCGGAAAGCUUGCUCUUCAACUGUGCUGACCAUUUCGCAUCUCAUUCAGCCUUGCUAUUCAUCCCCCACCUUUUAUCCCCUCUAACGAUUCACAUACUUAAUGGCUCGUUUAGCUGUGCAUUUAUACAGCUUCAUAUACUGUAUUCUACGAAUAAAUAGUUUAACUGUAAUUUUUUGCAAAUAAAAAAAGAAAGAAAAGAGUAAGAAGGAGUAUAAUAAGAAUGAAUCGUGACAAUCACGAGCAUCUCGAGAAAAUAUAAAUGGCGAAAAGGAAUUCGUAGAAAGAAGAUGAAAAGGAGUAGCUAGAGGUAAUGUCUAUCACGAAACACGUAAAGGCAACGUAGAGUGCGAAACAACGUACGCGAGGAUUCCUUUGUGACGCGAAGCUGCUCGACGUUUGCCAGCCCCCAUCGUUCAAUGCGGAGCGUUCUUUUUUUAUGUCAACACGAGGGCCAAUUGAGUGGAUAUAAUAGCGGUACCACAUGUUUCACUCGGAUUCGCCGACAUGUGGGCUAUGCUGGUAAUGCGUCUGUACGUGUGCGAGAACUCGCGCGCGCAUGUGCUUUCACGAACGGGUCCGUGUUGGCUGCAUAGGGUAAAUCGCACGAAUAAUAAACGACGAUCCUCGAAGUCAUCUAAUUGAUCGUCGUGAUUUCGCUAUUCCUGUCUCUCUCUCCCUCUCUCUCUCUCUCUCUCUCUCUCUCUCUCUCUCUCUCUCUCUCUCUCUCUCUCUCCUAUUUACUCGACCGUCAAUGCCUGGCACACUUCAGUACGUCCUCGCUCGAGAAACACUAGUUGAAUUAGCUUCACGAAACGUGCCUUCGAUUACAUAUCAUGCAACCAUUCUCGACGAGCAACACGAUGGCGACGGAGACACCGACCAGUCUGCCACCGGAGAAGGUGAGCUCGCCACCACCCUCUCGGAACUUGACCUUCUCCAUAGCGAAGAUUAUGGAACCGGACAAACGUCUAACCGAGCAAGCGAACGUAGCUCAAACGGUCCAAACAGCGGUCGUACCACCGCCAUCGACAACGACGGCGACUCCUACGACGACUCCACCUGGUAUACUUCAUCAGGCAUCGCAUAUUCCGGCGCUUACCCAGCGUUAUUCAGCCCAUCUAGAGUCGGCCUUCAAGAAAUACGUGCCAACGUUGAGGCAUCAAAAUCUUUAUCCCCUCCUCUACUAUCAUCCGAGUCCAUUGUUAAGGGCCUUUCCAAGUUCACCAGCGACAACUCAAAGCGUUCCACAAACCUCCCCACCACCCAGUUCUGUUCAAGACACUUCUAUUUCCUCGAGGCUAAGUCUAAUGACGAUCUCACCGGAAAGUCAACGUGGAAAGAAAAGUCCGGCGCCGCGGAAUGAGCUAAACGGUACGAACAAGCAAAAGACCUUUACAUGUUCCGAGUGUGGCAAAGUCUUCAAUGCACAUUACAAUCUUACCCGGCACAUGCCCGUACACACAGGAGCUCGGCCAUUCGUAUGCAAGAUAUGCGGUAAAGGAUUUCGUCAAGCGAGUACUCUUUGCAGGCACAAGAUCAUACACACUGCUGAAAAACCGCACAAGUGUCAGACAUGCGGUAAAGCAUUUAACAGGAGUUCUACGUUGAAUACUCACACUCGUAUACAUGCUAAUUACAAGCCCUUUAUAUGCGAGUUCUGCGGCAAAGGAUUCCAUCAGAAAGGAAAUUACAAGAACCACAAGUUGACGCAUAGUGACGAGAAGGCGUACAAAUGUACUGUAUGCAACAAGGCAUUCCAUCAGAUCUACAAUCUCACUUUUCACAUGCAUACGCAUAAUGAUAAGAAACCUUUCUCAUGUAAGAUAUGUGGCAAGGGCUUUUGCAGGAAUUUCGAUUUGAAAAAACACAUGAGGAAACUUCACGACACUGGUUUACCCGUACUCGCUGGACUUGGUACUUCGAGUCAAAGUCAUAAUCAACAACCAGGAUACGCGUCGAUGCAUCAGCCACCCGAUGGACGUCCCUUCGUCAGUCCAUUCCUUCUACCACCUCCAAAUUCGACCAAUUAUCUCACUAAGAUGUUGUGACAUAGUGAGAACAUUCCUUACCCGAGGAAAACUCAAUGCCCAUUGAUGUUGGCUCCUCCUUGUUACGCCGGAGACAUCUCUCAAUUGGCCCAACCUUCAAAGUGAAAACGGAUCAAACGACAGCCAAUGUGUGACCAUGACUAAAAUGACAAAUCUUAAAGCUCUCUUCGACGAUAUUUGAUCCUUCAAAAAGAAAAUAAAGAAAAGAAAAAAGAAACAAAAACAAAUACGUUUUCCCGUUUUCUCGAAUUCAUCGAAGAUUUACGAAAUGAAAUGUCAUUGAAAUCCCGAUUACCGAAGGAUGUCUAUUGCUCUCGACAUUUUUGUCAAAGGCGAAUUAUGUCCGCAACGUAUCAUACACACUCCGUUGAAUCUACUUGAGUUCAGCAGUCCAAUGGGAAUAUCUACACCUGUUUCGGCUAAUACAUCUUUCCCGCGAGAAAAAAAAUCCAAAACGUUUAUCGUUACUGACAGAUUUCGAUCGAGCGUUAGCCCUCGAAAAUUGUCCUUUCGUUCUUGCUCGGUGAAUAACGUUUCAUGUAUUGUUCACCUAACAUUGUACAUGAUGAUAUCAUCAUUCGAAUGUCUUCAAGAUUAAAGAAAUAUUGCUAAUCGAGAAAAAGAGAUCAGUGUUGAGUACGUAAAAGAUUAAUCAAAGAUAUAUGGACUUUUUUUACAUACAACAGAUAAAGAUCGAGCACUACGAGCGUUCAAACUGAUAUAUCGAGCAAAUCAAUGGAUGAUUCGAUCAGUACGCUUCUUAUCGAUGACUACACGUACGUGUAAAUACUUGUAAAUAUUUGUAUGUGCAAAUUAAAUACAUGGUAUGGUAUGCAAUAGAUGUACAUGUGUAUGUGAGUGAUUGAGUGAGAGAGAAAGAAAGAGGAAGAGAGAGAGAGAAAAAGAGAGAGAGAGAGAGAGAGAGAGAGAAACAUGAAAACGAUUAUAAGUAUAUAAUUUGUAAUUAAUACGUAGACAUCGUCGGUGAGACGAUUUUAAAGAAUCGUUCGAAACGAUUAAUUAAUUCAUAUGGAUCUCAAGAGAAGAUUAAAUAAAGUAAACAAAGUUUCAAUGAACAUAUGGAACAACUUAAACCAUUGAUCGCAUAUAGAUAUUUAUCAUUUAGAGAACUGUAUAAAUCGGUGUGAUAGUAGUUUUAAGUCGAUCGUAGAUAGCAAAUGAAAUGUUGGUCCUUUAUUAUAUCGAUCGUUGUAAUCAUUACGUAGAAUUACGUCGCGAUCGUUACGGCCACUGUGAUUACACGAUUACAACGGCUUUGCAAUAGAAUCAAGACGAGAGAGUAUUAUUAUGAUUACGACGAGAUCAUGUACCUAGUUCUCCUAUUUAUGCAUUUUUAUUUACGUCUUCCGAUAUUACUUACAUAUUCAUACAUACAUACACAUAACAGCAAAGAAACGUUCUAUUCAAAAUCAAAUACGCAUACUUCGUCUAAUUCGUUUUUCCUUCCUUAUCUUUGUUUUCUAUUAAUUUGAUCAUCAAUAUUACGUCGAACUUAGCAAAGAAGAUCGCGAAAAUGAAUGUAUGUACGCGUUUAUACCUUACGAAUUAGAUGAAUAUUGCAGAUGUUGUCAACGAGAUUUAUUAAAUAUGAUGAUGAUGAUGAAGGAGAAGAAAAAGAAAGGAACAAAAAAGAAAUCUAAAACCAAAAAAGAAAUAAUGUAUGUAGAUAAUCGAUAAAGUGUAGAUGAAAAUGCAUAUGUAUGUGUUCCCUGUUGUAAAUAUGAAUCUAUCCAAUGCAAUAAAUUUUAAUGAUAUCGA